UUGGUAGAACAGAUGGAGGUCCCAUGGACUGGACUAUAGAGGAUACAGUAGGGAAUUGGUGGAGGCCUAACUUUGAACCACCACAGUACCCAUAUGUCCCAGCACAUAUGACAAAACCCAAAGAACACAGACGCCUGUAUCUGGUGCAGUUACCUGAAAAAGCUCUGUUUGCUGUACCCAGGAAUUACAAGCUGGUGGCGGCACCUUUGUUUGAGCUCUAUGAUAACUCUGCAGGAUAUGGCCCCAUCAUAUCAAGUUUACCGCAGGCUCUUAGCAGGUUCAACUUCAUCUACAACUAGACGACAGAGUGGUUGACACAGAAACUUUUACUCCAGGGAUCAAAAGAGAAACAUUGAACAUUAGAGCGCCUAAUUUCAGUGGAAAAACGAAAGUGAAGGUGAUAUUGGAAGGGACCACGUGAAAAUGUUACGGCAACUGGCAUGUUUCUAAAUGAAAGGCAAUGCUAAUUAAUGUAGCAAAACUGUGCAAAACGGAUUGGAGGAGCCCAGAAUAUGUGGACGUAUUUGUAUUGAGUCCGAUUUACACAAGUAUAUUACUGUUGUGGUGUAAGACUCGAUGAUAUAGAACGGAUCCCCGUCAUUACUUGUUGUUGAAAAGAAGGAAUGUAUUGGAAUGGUGAUUGACGUAAUUUGCCUUUUUUUUCGACAUCACCUCAUACGCGUAGGACUUCAAAAGACAACAGAGAUAAUUCAUCACCAGUCGACUGCCGUUUGAUGACGACAGUUAAUUGCGAAAAGUCUAAAAAUGCAGUAUUCUUUUAAUUUGAUGCUGGGUUUAAGAAUUGCGAACAUCAUAAUAGUUAGUUGCUCUGCGUACUUCCAUGGCCAUUUUAGGAGGAAAAAAAAGAAACGAAUUUUGAAUAAAACGGGUCUUGUUGCUGCAUUUCCCUUCAGUUUUGAUGGCGAGUUAAUACAACAAGAUAUAUACGAGUAGUUUGGUUUGUGUACUCCCACAGGUAAAUUAUGAAGGGAAAGAGGAGCUUUUUAAACGGCUCGCUUUCUUUGAUUUAAUUGCAGGUUCACAGAGUACGAUUCCUACAAGUAGCCGCAGUGCGUAAUGAGUUUGUAGUAGUAGCACGUCAGAUAAGCAGAAUAAACAGUGAAAUGCCUCCAAGAUUGAUUGCCAGAGUAUAUAUACCGGUUAACCGGUGGCCUUAGAUCGCCUCGUUAGUUCAGUCAUGUAGUGGGAUCGAAGUCGAGAAAUCGUUUUUAGGUGAAACAACAAAGAAAAAGGUACAAGUACGAAUAAUUCUUUAUCUGUAUCGAAUAUUGACAGUUGUAGUUUUUUUUAACAAUAAUGUUGUAUCAAGUAGAAGUGAGUUCGCUUUAUUACUAAAAAAAAAACAAUUAAUAAGAGACAGAAAAGUACUUGCAGGUUAAGAUUGUAGCUGGUAAUAAACAAGGCAUUACUCUAAUUCAAGAAUGUUGACAGACAUCAGGAUAAACGUUUGCCUGAUUACACGUACUACACAUACUGGUUUCAUCUCUGAGGAAAUAAACGAGUUCUUUUAUAGUUCA